AUGCUCUUCUCUGGCGGAGGGCCUACGAAUAAGCCUAAAAAAGAGGAAAAACGAGAGAAAAAGCUCGACCGAGGUAAGGAUUGCAGACGGAACUGACCUUUACAAUUAGAUAUUGCUAAUACCUUAUCUACUAGGAUUCGUCUCGGACCUAAAAUAGUAGUACUGAAAUUGUAAAAUGUACAGUAAGCGUCAGAUUAGCACUGUAGUACAUAAUAAAGUAUGGUUGUGAGUUUAGAUGACAAGUACGAGGUGCAAGAGGCCGUAUUCACAAGAUGGGCCAACUCUCUUUUCGACGAUCCCAUCAACGAAAUCAAAGAUAUCAUCGAACUCAGCUUUCUACAAGCAUUCACAAAGCUUGUGACCGGCCGAAUCGUGGUAAAUACACUUUUAUUCAAUCGUACAUCUAGUAUAUAUAUAUGAUAUACAUAGCUUUAAAUAACAAAUUACAAAAACAGUAAAGCUAUGAUAAAAACUAUUCAAAAUCAAACUUAAGAUGCCUUUUCCAGUCGAUCAGCGGUAACCGAUACGACGAUGUAGAUGCCAUUAUUCAUGCCUUGGCGUCAGACGAUGACGACAAGCUAUUGUCCCUCAGCGUGCCUGAUCUCUGUGAAGGAAACAUAAAACAACUCCUGAUACUGUGCAACUCCUUCAUCAACAUGUACUGGAAGAGGUACGCCCCUCAGGAGAUGGGUGAACGAAAGAUAUCAGAAUCCAUCAGGGAUUGGUGUCUCGAGGCUACCGCCGGCUACGACGAUGUAAGUGCAUGUUGUUGAUAGUUAUUCUAACAUUUAGGUGUGCGUUAAUGACUUUACAUCUUCCUGGCGUGACGGGAUGGCACUGAAUAUUCUGUUACAUUCCUAUGAGUAAGUGUUCCUAAAAUCUGUCAUCAUCUUAUAAAAGCAUUUUACAGUAAUGCCUCGCUUUUGUUUAACCUUUACGCUAAUACUUCGAUUUCCAGCUCAAACCUAGUAGAUAUGAACACAGUUCGAACGAUGCGAGGUGACGAGAGAUUGGAAAACGCCCUGAAUCUGGCCAAAAAACAUUUUAAAGUCCCGAAACUACUGCAGCCAAAAGGUAACUUGCCAUAAUAAACCUUAUACAGUCUCCCUUUAAGAAUUCCACAGUGAACAUCUGGAUUCCAAAAGCGUGCUGUGUUACCUGAUGAUGUUGUACAUAGCCAUGGCCUGUUACUCAAACUCCCAGAGCAGCUCCAGCAAGAAGUCCAGUAGAUCGUCGGACUUAACAAGAUCCGAAGAACGCCCUCCAGAAGCCCUGUUAGCACCCAAAGAACCCACAAUAUUGGAAUUAUCACCCAGUACGUCUAUUCAGAGUAGUACACAUUCUUCAGCUCCAAGCUCCUCCACCAAUGUUACCGUAAUCCACAAGACAGACCCGAUGCAGCAAUCGACCGAAACCAUUUCUGAUGUGAACACGAUAGAAGUGAGUGUAAUAUUGGGACUACAUUGCCUUUAUAUUUUUAUACUAAUGAGUGUAAUACCUAUUACUCAACAGUGAUAAUGUAUUAUAACUCAAAUAUCAAGAUUACUGUUGCUUUAAUUUAGGCCGAAACCAGAUCUCGACAUUCCUCAGCCUCUUCUAGUCAUGUUUCCUCGAGGAAGUCAUCCAGAGCCAAGAAGAACGACAGCGUACUGAGAGAGUACGAACGAUGUUUAGAGAAAGUUCUGGCUUGGCUUCUAGAAGCUGACGAAGAACUCAAUUCCAUGGAGCCCGUCAACGAAUCUGACGUCGACAUGGUCAAGAACCAGUUCCGUGAACACGAACAAUUCAUGUUAUCAUUGACCGAGAGCAAGGAUAAGGUCGGAAGGGUGCUACACGAGUAAGCUGGAGAUUUGACUCUUUCGUCCUAUAAUUUUUGGAAAUUUUAUUUUUAGUAAGAAGUUAAAAUUGACAGUUUCUGAUGCUAAUCUUAUUCUACAUACACUAUUAUUUUUUAUAAUUAUGUUCAUUAACAACAUUACUGUAACAGAUGUUAGACUCAUAAAAACUUAUUCAGAGGUCAAAAGUUAGUGGACGAGCUAUCAGAAGACGAAGCCAAGUCUGUCAACGAUCAGCUACUUAUAGUCAACGAUCGAUGGGAAGACGUAAGAUGUCAAGCGAUGCGCAGACAACACGCGCUACAAGUUCAGCUGAAUCGACUUCAGCGUGACCAACUAAAGCAGAUCUGCGAAUGGCUAUCUGGAGUUGAGGAACUUGUAAAUGAACGUAAAAUACUACCCUCAGAUAUCGAGCAGUGUAGAAAGCUGAUCGAAGAACACACGGUGUUUGAAGAACAAAUCGAAAAACAACAACAAGCCAUCAAGAAACUGUCAUCGUACAUGGCUGUAGUCAGUGAAGAGAGCACGGAGGACGAGGACUACAUGAGAAUAGAAAGUCUACUGAAACAAGUCGGAGAACGGUAGAUAUUCAAAAUAAUGAAAAUAAUAUUAUACAUGUUCUUCCUCAUUAAAUAUUACUUUCAGAUGGGACAGAAUCUGUAGCUGGACAGAGAAACGGGCCAAAAAUCUGGAUGGAAUCUGCGAUCUCUUAAAGGAAUACCAAAACAAGUUCACCCAUCUGUCAGCCUGGCUUACCGCUCGUCAAGAAGAACUAAUCAGACUGAGAUCAGCCCACCAUCUGACGACUUCUGAAGAAGUUGAAGAACAAAAGAAACUGAUAAAGGAAAUGGACGAAGCGCUACAAGGAGAACAUUCUGCCUUCGUAGAGUUGUCACGGUUGUCUACAGAACUGCGGAACAGAUACAGAACCGAGAAUCAGGAGUUCACAGUGAAGAUCAGCAAAGACUUUGAUGUAGUAACCCAACGAUGGGAAAAUAUUGUCAGUCGAUUGGAGGAACAUUCUCAAAUGGUAUGAAAUUAAAAAAAUAUUUAAAGUAUUCUUUGCAGCUAGACAGAGUUAAUUUAAACCCUCGUACAAUUUCAUCACAAUCCGACUCAUCGACCAAAGGAGAGUCGUCAAAAGAAGAAGUAAGUGACAUACCUUAUUCAUAUAUAACUCAUACCUGUACAUGUUUUUACAAACACUUUCAGGGAGAAAACCGGCUGUCAACAGAAUCUUCAGACGACUCUACCCAAAAGCAGAUCACGAAGAAGAGUGUUCAAGUAGAAGAAGCACCAAAACACAGCCAAGAGACUAUAAACUUGGUGGAGCUCUUCAUACAAAAGACCAACCAGUUCGAGGAUUCUCUAAAGCCGUUGUCAGAAAAGCUUCAGCAAAUCAAGCAUCCCACUAAACAACAGUUCACGUUGAUCGCUGAUGAAUUUAAGGUAAGGUUCUAUUACAAAAUUAUGAAUAUCAAUCCAUACUAACUAUCGACAAGAAUUUACAUUUUAAAUAAACAUCACAUAACCACGACCAUUUAAGAGUAAACUCUCUCAAGUGGAAGAAUUGGACUCCUUGGCCGAAAAGGUCCACGAAUGCAGUAUGAACCAAUCUGAAUUGCACGCAGUGAACGAGAACCACGAACGUGCAAUGAUGUUAUAUGGUCGGUUGGUGAAUGACUUCACAGAACGCAUCAAACACAUGCAGAAUCCAUCAGCAGCCAAAGACGACACAAUCAAAGUAGAGACGCACCUAAAAGAAUGGAUUGAAAUGGCAAAAGCCCUGUGGCAAGAUAUCAUAAACACACCUCAAGAAGCCCGUGGCCACAGGAUCGAUGCUUUUCUGAUGGAGCUGUCUGAACUACAAAAGAAGUUCACCGACUUCAAGACAGCCAAUCAGAACACGGAGAGGUUUAGACCGUUGGAGAACCAGUUAAUAGAGCUGCAACAGAAGGCCAGAAGAGAAAAGGAGAGGGAAAAAGAAGAAAAAGAAAAGGCAGAAGAAGAGAAACUAAAGGCAGAACAAGACCCCAAGAAGGCAUUGGAGUGGAUCAGAAAAGUCAUCUAUGACAUGAAACAGCUCAAACUCAAUGCUGGAGACCUCAAAAACUUGAAGGAUAUAGAACAACAACUCAGAAUGUAAGCACUUUAUUAUGUAUCAAACAAAUAUAGUACAAAUUCACAUUAAUUUAAUAUUUGUGCUAUAUAACAUUAAAUUUUAAUAAAUGUUAGGGUCUCGGAGCAAGUAAAAAGCAAGCUGGAAGUGAUAACAGACGAAGAUUUUGUGUCGGAAACAGAGAAACUGGUCAAUUUACUGAAGAAAACAAAAGAAGGGCUGGAUGUCAAGAUUAACACUAUUGAAAACAUAUUGCACAAGGCCGUCUGUGUAGAGCAAUUUGCUGAUAAGUACCAAAGAAAACUAGAUGAUCUAAAACGUUCCGACUUGGACAUGCACUCAGUCGAACAAGACUCUCGAGUAUGUGUUAAAAACCUGUUUAAUACGCAAAAGUCAUGUUUAAAUUUCUAAAAUUCAUAAAUAGCUUUCAAAACCAAUGGUUCAACUAUUUUCAGAAGCUUCGUGACGAAUUCUUACAAAACUAUGGCCAAAAGACAAAGUCCCUGAAGCAAAUGGAGGAGAUGCAGAAGAUCUGUCAAGAGAACGAUGAAUUCGAAGCCAGCAACUCGUGGAAGACACGUUCUACCAAACUCGAUGCUCAGUGGAAGACGUUGGAGAACGAGAUGGAAGAGUACAUCUCGUUUGUGUCCAAAAACUACCGUAAGAAGUUCCAAGAAGUAGUGGCAGAGCAAGAGGACUUGACCAACCAACUUAGAGAAGCUAUGAUCGCUAGUGGAGAGGCUACAGAUGCUGAGGAGCUGAGCGAACAUGUAGAUGUAAGACACUACAUUUUAUAAUUCAAAACUAUUUAUCAGAGUAAAUAUACUAAAAUGACAUUCCUUUUAGAAUAUGGAAAUGCUUCUGGAGAAACUGACAAAGUCUGGUACCGAACAGGUAGACCCAUUCCAUCCGUACCAGAAAAUCGAUGACACUUACAUACAAAGAGAGAUCGACAGAGUAAACGGCCAUCGCAAAACCAUCAUUGAACACGCCAAAGAACGAUGUGCCAGACUACAAGAAGCCAUUUCAAAGUGCGAAAUGUUCGAAAAGGACCUCUGCAACUUCCAAACAUGGUGCCAACACAUGACACACAUACUCAACGUGCGAUUGUCUCAAGACAUCAACGCGCUAGACAUACCACAUGAGUACAAGGUAUUUACCAGGUUUAUUUAAUUCAUACCAACGAAUCCCGUUUUUAGCAUACUUUUACAAUAUUUCUGAUAUUAUAAUAAGCUCAUUAGGUUUUAUGACCCCGAUACCCCAACUCAUUUUUUGUUAAAUUUCAGAAAGCAAGUGCAGAAGGAAACCUUCUGACUGUAAGUUCCUCACCCUUGCUGUUUCUAAUGUCCCCUUUCGUGUGACAUUGGUGUGUAGUCACGUUUCUAAAUCACGUUUUACCUAGAGUGUCUAUGAAAUGUUGUUGAGUGAAACAGUUUGCUUGUGAUGUGAAAAACUAAAGAGCUAUCCCAUACUUAAAAUCUUAUUUUCAGCAAAUGAAUACGGAAUUUGUUGAGUACGAAACCCUUCUCAAUUGUCUUGGAGAAUUCAUAGAAGAGAGCAAAACACAUUGGAGUUCAUCUGACAGACUGAAACUACAGAAGAACCAUGCUUCAGACCAGCUUGAGGAGUUAAAGACCAAGUUUAACAUGUUCAAGAAGCCAGUUCAAUUUGAAAAGUCAUUAGAAUCCACUGAAAAGACAAUUCAAUCAAUCGAAGACUCUCUUGACGAUUUGGCCGGUGUGAAGGCCGAAAACUGUGAGUACUGUGAGAUACACGUUGGACAAGUUCUCAAGCAGAUUGCCGGUUGUCAAGAUGAGUUAAUGGAUUUGGAGAACAAGAAAGACGCUUUGGUAAGAGAAGGAAUCUUUGACGAGGAGCAAGCCAACAUCAGUAACCAACGGCUUGAAGCAGUCGUACAGAAGGCACAAGCAUUAGAUCAAAGAGCAGUCAAUGACAUGGAACGCCUACAACAAUCAACACAACUGGUCAAGAAGUACGAAGCUGAGAAGGAUGGUAUCAAACAUAGUAUUGAUGCUGUCGAAAAGGCAAAAUCAGACGGUGAAGUCAAGAAGGAUCUUGAGAAUGCCAUAAGUGGACUUAAGAAGGCUACUGAGCUAAAAGAACUACUCAGCCAAAACGCAGUUCGUAUUUCGCAUACAGAGAUGGACGAGUACGAUCGAAAAGUGGAGAAUCUGAAAAGCAAAUACAAUGCCCUUCUAAGUGCGGAUUCUGAUUCUGCUGACGAAUUUAAAACGUCGCUGAAGUCGUUGGAGAGAAGCGUGAAUGCGGCCGAACGUAAUCCAACCGACACCAAGCAGAAGCUUCAGACCAGAGACAAACUCGACAAAGCCAACAAACAGCUUCUGACUUCCAAAGAAGAGAUCCGCAAAGAGCUCGGCCCUAAACUGGCAGAACUGAAUGCUCGCUAUUCUGAACUUGACAGAAAGUCCAGAAGCAUCAGCAAAACGGUACCAGAACAAGAAGAAACUUCCAGUGAACUGAAAGAACCAGUUCUUCCUCACGCCAUUGAACUUAACAAUGAAACCUUCGAAGAAGCUGUCCAAGGCUUCCUAACUUCAGCCAAAUCUCUUGCCAAAUUCCUCAACUUCAAACAAUAUCCAGUGGAAAAAGUAUCCAAAUGGCAAAAACGAAUCAAUGUAAGUAAAAAUCUAUUGACAAAAGUUAAAUAUUUUUAGUGUAAUUUAAAAUUUUUGCUAAUAAAAUAAGAACAACGUAUUUUAGAUAGCAGACCAAGUGUGUGCAGCAAACGAGGAAUACCGUGAACAAAUUGUGAGGUUCGGCAGAGAAUGGGCAGAAAAAGGACGAAUGGAACUGUCAGAUCAACAAGUCCUCGAUUACCUUGACGAAGCCGAUGCCUUAACUGCGAAAAAUUACAAUGAAAUCCAAAAAGAACGUCAACUUCUAAACGCGUAUGAUACCAUAGAAGAAAUGGUUAACAACUGCGUUUCUAUGAACAAGAAGAACAUAGAAAUGGUAAAGGAGCUCAACUUGGCCGAUCAGCUAAACGUUCUCAAAGCUCAAGAUCAACUUGAAGCAAUGACGGAAGAAGUUAUUCAAUCUACAGUAAGCAUUGACAAUUUUGAAGAACAGGCUGCUGGCAGGGAGAAGAUAUGCAAAUCAUUGCGGGACAAGCUGACAGAACUGCAAGGAGAAGUUGACUUCACUGGAGACACGAUCCGAAAAGCCUUGGCCGAGCUUCUUGCCCAUCCAGACCAUUUUUCAGACAAAGAAAAAGAAGAACAGCUAAUCAAAAAGCCAGUUCAUCCUGACGGUGUAUCCAUGUCGUCUGGAGCUGGACUGUCCUUGGCAAUGGAUGUGCAGGAAACAGAGGGCGAGGAGUACUAUUCUGAUGCUACUAAAAAGCAAAACAAGAUCGGUCAAGUCUUCAACGACCUCGACACUUUUGAAGACUUCUUUGACACAGAAGAAAGCCUUCCUUACGAGGGAACAGAGGAGAAAGAACAAUAUCUGAAAAAUGUAGAACAAAGACUGGAAGAAGACCAACAGAUACUACAACAGAUGCAGAUGACUAUGGACGUGAACGAGUACCAGCUUUCAGUGGAUCGAAUCAAAACUUUAUUCCAGAAUAUCAGUACCAGAAGAGAGACAAUAACCAACAACCGGGCCUUACUAGAAGGUCUGUUUGCCGUCUUUUCACAAACAGAAGACGAGAUCGUAAAGCUGGAUACCAUAAUCAGGCAAACUGAUGUCCCAGCCAAACGCAAGCUCAGUGGAAUAUCAAUCGAUCUGGAAGAAUGGGAAGGAGGACAGUUACAGACCGAGAACCUCAUACCUUCACUGGCUGUUCAUAUCCAACAAUGUGAGAACAGGUACCUCAACAUAAAAGACAAAUGCUCCGCAUCUUUACAAAACGAACUGACUACACGGUUGAACAACAUGAACGACGACUUCACCGUGCUCAGGAAUUCGGUAGGGCAAAACAGAAUUCUACUGGAGGAAAAGCUGGCAGACGAGAGAUAUCUAAUAAAAAACAUGACCAACUUCUCAAACUGGUGCGACGAAGUGGAACAACAUGUGGUAAGGUUGCGAACUCUAUAACACGAAGACUAUUUUACGUUUCGUUGAAUGUACAGUCUAAUUUAAAAGUAAAAUCAGAUGAUAAACGUAACACGAACAAUUUCAGAAUACUCAAGAAUCAUUUCUGGAUCCCAUAAAACUAGAAAGUGCCUACGAAGAGACAAAACGUCGUCAAACUGAAGUCGAUGAGAAAGUCUUGUCUUUUAAAAAUAUGGAAAUUCUUAAAGACAGAUUUGUGGCUCUGGGAGAUGUAGACACUGAUGUAAAACAUCGCGUACGGCGAGACAUCGCCAUGUUGGCCAAGCGGAUCAGUGAUGUAAGUGUUACCUAAAAUUUCAAAUCUAUUCUUAUUUUUCUAUCCUUGAAAUCACCUUUACCUAAAAGUCAAAGCAGACAAUAAAAAGAAUAACAACUCACAUCAAAUGCCAUUUUAGCUUCAACUUGCUCUGACAAAACAAACUAAGGAGUUGGCUGACCUGAAAGAGAUCUCUGACGAGUUCUGGACAGAAGUAGCCAAACUGAACCAAUGGGUUACAGACGCGGAGACUCAAGUUCACAAUGUAGAAAACGCGCGACUAUACAAACCUAUGUUAUUCAACUUGAAAAAGACCGUGGCCGAGUCUCCAGAGCUGAAAUUGCAACUUCAACUGUUACAACGACAAUUUGCAGAGGAAUUGCUAGAGCUACAAUCACCUACUGACAUUCACCAUCAAUCCGGAAAGGUAAAAACUUUUUAUAAAAAUAUCAAACUACUUUUUCGAAAAAAAUAAAAUUUUCGACAAAAUUUUGUUUUUGACAUUUCGUCUUGAUUCUUGACAUAAUGUCACAAUUGAUCAUACAAAUUUUAAAUCAUACAGAAUUUUGUCGUGAUUUGUCUGAAUUGUUUUACAAAUCAAAAUUUUGCGUUUACUACGGUGAUAUACAUGUUUUUUAUAUUUAGGCAGUGGAUACCGUAGCCAAACGUUUCAACCUGAUAACCGAAAAAGCCCGAAAACUGUUGGAAGGUCCUGAAGAAGAAGAAAAGGUGGAGAAACUGGACCUAGAACCAGAAUUCGAAGUCGAACAAUUGGAAUUCGCUCCUAGGAAUGGGCGCGAUGACAGUACUGAGUACGGUACUCUCACUAACAGAGAUUAUUCAGCGCCUGGAUCUGUCAGGGAUUCAGAACACCGUAGUCGAGGCGAGACUGAAGAAUUCCACGACGCUUUGGAUCGGCCAUUAGCUGAAACUUUAGAAGAUUUUCACGAUACCAGAAGCGAAGAAAAUAAUUAUUCUUCGGAAGAGAAGCAACGUCAAGAUAAGGUGAUACAGAUCGCCGGUCGGAUUCAGGAAAUCGAACGGGCCAUCUCGGCUACCGUCAACAUCACAGAUCAAGCUCAGAUUCGCCAAUUGCUUUCUGAUACUCAAAACUAUUUGAAUGAAGUUGGAGUCCACAAGAUGGAGCUACAGAGGAUUCUAGAUAAGACCGACGAACAACUCAUAUCCUCCAAAGCGAUUCAAGCCUUGUACGACCUGGAGAAAGUGAUCGAAGCCUCGAAGAAACGAAAGCUUGAACUCACUGAAAUGCUGCAUCAAACGAGACUUUGGGAACAACUGAGGUCAGAGCUGGAGUUGUGGUUGACAGAAGGCAACGAGCGACUUCUGGCUACAGAAAGAGUCAACGAAAUGGACGAAGUCACGUUGGAGAACGAGCUGAAGAACGUGAAUGCUCUAACGGAGAAUCUGGAGAAUGUGAAGGAGCAAAUGGAGCAGUUAAAUCAAAGGUCCAAUGAUAUUAUUGACAGGUUUGUGUACGAUGACAACCACACCUUGUCUCAGCUUACAAGCAAACUCAACACUCAGUGGACCAAGUUCAAUGAAAGGUAAACAACCAAAGCUUUCUGUAAAGUCAGUUAUUACAAACUCUGAUCUGACAAUUAAAUUGUUUUAGUGUAUGCAUUCGUCGAGCUGUCUUCGAGGCAUCGCUACGGUCGCGGAACGAUAUUCACACCACACUGUCGCAACUGGACGGCUGGUUGAACAAACAACUCGACAUUCUGAAGCAACUGGACGCUGAUACCGAGAAUAAACAGAGAUUAAAGGACACGAGCAGACGCAGAGAUUGGAUGGGACAGGAGCGCGAAACUAAUGCUGAGAUCGAGGCUCAUAGACAAGUCAUAACCUCGGUCAGGGACAUGUGCAAGAACAUGUUGAACGUGUUGGAAGCGGAGAAGGAGAAAAAGAACCUGUAUGUCAAGUUGGAGACGGUCGAGUCGAAAUGGGUUCAAAUCAAUGAAUUGGACGCUAUUGUUAGGUAAGGAUGUCUAUAAGAAUGUAGUAUUGAUCAGUGUAGAUAAGUUGUGAUUUCUUAUCUAUUGAACAAGUUGGUUAUCACAAUAAUUAAUAGAUAACUUUAUAGAGAACGUUUACAAGACGCUCAAGAUGAGUGUGAAAAGCUGACCAAAGACCUCUCCGAACUUUUACAUUGGACAGAUAUGCAAAUUAGUACUAUUCUGCACGACCAACCAGUAGGCGGAGAUCUGUCGACAGUACAAAAACAGAGCGAAACCAUCAAUAAGAUAGAGAAACAGCUAGAUGGCAAGAACCGGGAAGUCUCGGACUGUAUCCAGCUAUCUCACAGUUACCUUAUGCAGCACGAUCUCCGACCCAUGAUUCAUCGUGGCUCAGUCUUUGAUUCGAAUAAGGAGAUGGAGAAGUCAGAUGCACAAUUAGAAGAACGCAGAAUCGGCGUUCAGAUUCUGGCUGACAGUGAAAAACUAAAGACGUCGUACGAUGCUCUGAAACAGCAUCUGAAUGCUUGGCAAAGAGUUGUAGCCACCGCCCACAGAGAGCUACAGGAUUUAGACACAGCGAUUGCAGAAUCCUUGUUAGCCAUCGGCUCUAUAGAGAACGAGAUGGAGGGAAUGAAGUUAGUUGAAGAUCUGAGGCUCGAAGAACUGAAGGAAGCUCGAGCUGAUCACUCUAAUCUCAAGAAGAAGGUUCAAGAUGCCGCUGUUAAGGUUGAUGAUGUCAACGAUUGUACGGGUCAAAUUGCCGCUCAAAACAUUGUCCUCAGUCCUCACAUGGAGAUGCAGAUCCAGACCGUCAACACAAGGUACGAGAAGCUGAACAAGGACGUGGGAAUCCGUGGGGCAGCUUUGGAACGUGCCUUUUCCGACUUCGGCCCUUCCAGUGAACAUUUCUUGGCCGAUUCAGUCCAGCCACCAUGGCAACGGGCCAUCUCUGCUUUAAAUCAGAUGCCUUACUACGUUGAUCAUGUCACGGAGAACACGCAAUGGGAUCAUCCGAGCAUGGUGGAGAUCUUCGAGAAGCUGUGCAACUUCAAUCAGGUCAAGUUCAGUGCCUACAGAACGGCGAUGAAGCUGAGAGCACUUCAGAAGCACAUGUGCUUGGACUUGAUCGACUUGCCGAGCCUUGACCAAGCGCUACACAAGUUCAGAAAUGCACCGUUGGAUGAGAAGAUCUCGAUCGAAGACGUUGUCAUGACCUUGGCACCGUUGUUCGAAGCUGCUCAUCAGAAGUAUCCUCAGCUGCUCAGAAACGUUCCUUUGGCUGUGGAUUUGGCCUUGAACUUACUUCUGAACAUCUACGAUCCAUGCCGAGAUGGAAAGCUUCGCACAGUAUCCUUCUCGAUAGCCAUGGUGGUGUUGUGCAACGCGAGUCUGGAGUCAAAAUACAAAUUUUUGUUGUCUAUCAUAUCAAGGGAUGAAGGAGUUGAUCACAAACAACUAGGACUUCUCUUUUACGACUUGAUUCACGUAAGUUUGUGAGGAAAACCGUCGCAAAAUAUUUUUUUACAAAAUUUUGGAAAAAUUUGGGCGCGACUUGCGAAACAUACUUCGCAAGUUGCGCAAAUCUUAUCUAUAAAACAUAAUUAUUUAUAGAAUAUUUGUGGAAUUAUAAAGUUUGUAUUUUAUUAUGAAGAGCGAGAGUACAGUAAAAUAAUGAAAUUGCGUUUUCCAGAUAACUAAAUUGUUGGGUGAAGCCGCAGUCUUCGGAGGUUCAAACAUUGAGCCUUCUGUCAGAUCGUGCUUCGAGUACAACAAGUAUCCCGCCAAACUCUCGGUCGACCAGUACUUGAAUUGGCUUAAGAAGGAGCCUCAGAGUCUUGUUUGGCUGCCGGUGAUGCAUCGUCUGGCUUCCUCAGAGUUUGCAAAGCAUCAAGCCAAGUGUAACGCCUGUAAGAUGUUCCCAAUCGUGGGUAUGAGGUAUCGUUGUUUACGGUGCUUCAACUACGACAUAUGUCAGAACUGCUUCUUUUCUCAACGAACUUCGAAGAGCCACAAACUUACACAUCCAAUGCAGGAGUAUUGCACUCCAGUAAGUUCUAAUGUUUUUACAUAUAUAAUUGUCUUAUUGAAUCAAUUUUAGAACGAUACCAUGCUGUAGUAAAGUCCUAAAGCAAAAAAAACUUAAUACAUACAUAUCUAACAAUUUUUGAUAUAUAUCACAAUUUUAGACAAAAUCGAAAGAUGAUGUCCGUGACUUCACCUUGAUGGUGAAGAACAAGAUGCGAAGAAGUCGAAGUAAACGUGGUUAUUUGCCUGUAGACACUGUAGACGAAGGUUUACCAUUAGAAAACAAUCAAAACAUACCUCAGAAUCCUGCUACCGAGACGAUUCAUCAACGAAUGCAGGUAUUUUCACAACGACUCUCGAAGCGACAACAAGAAUCAAUCACAGCUGCUGGAGUUCAGAAGGCGCUACAUGUGAAGGAGGAAACAAAGGUCGAGAUCGAAACAACUUCUCGACCGUUCUCUAAACUUCACAAGUCGGCUACUGACGGGCCUGCAAUCAGACGAACCGCCAACGAUGUAAAGUCACCGUCGCAACUGAUAAAACAAGUAGAACAAAUGCACAAAGAAGAGAUGGAUCAGCUGCUACAGAAACUACAGUACGAGAAUACAGAAUUACGAGAAGCCGUGGAGAAGAAGCGGCAUCUGGGUUCAGCUCCGAACCUGGAGGGAAUGCGACAGUUUGGACAAGCUGGUUAUCUUCUGAGCUCUCGGAACACCGUGCAACCGGGAAUCUACGCUUCUACACAAACCAUGCCUCGGGGCAUGCAAUCUCCACACAAUCAGGGAUUCGCUGCUCACAGAAUCGUAUCUCAGCCGUCUCUAUUUAGCGACGAAAACCGGAAAACGUUCGGAAGGUCAAUUUCUUGCCUUCCUCGAGGCUACAGCGAGAUCGAAAACUUCACCGCCGACCAAAGACGCCUUCUGGAUGCCAAGUCUAUGAGAAUUCACGAACAUCAGUUGGAGGAACGGUCGAGAGCGUUGGAGGAGCAGAACAAACAACUACAGAUCCAAUUGGAGAGGCUGCAAAGGGUUGUGGACAAAGUAGGUUCAUAUCUUUUAGCAAUAUUGAAUUUUACGGCUUCAAGGCAGCUUUUAUACUUUCAGCAACACAACACGGCCUUCCCGGUACCAAUGGACACACCAUUUAGUAGGUCCCAUCUUGGUCUACGGAAGCCAGACUUCCCAGAUUUUGCAAUGUACGGUGUCAGUUCUACUGAUGAGGACGAAACGCCCGGAGGCAUCGAAGCUUUAAAGAUGCGACGAAACAGGAUGGACACUUUAAUGAAUACCAUGAACGAGUUGAAUCGAGCCAUGGAGUACUUCGUGGGGUCAAUGCUACAUGACGAACAAAACUUUAAUGAUCAGUUCAGCGCUCAAGAGAAUCUCGAGUAG